AUGGCAGACAAAGCAUACCCAGCAGGCGGAACCUUCAUCGACACUCUGAAGAAGUCUUUCACGGAUGUACCUGUCGACAAGGAGAACGACAAUGCCAUUUCCACGACCGAGUUUCUCGAAGCUGCUGAGUCGCUGACGACGUUGUUCGAUGUCUUGGGUUCGGUGGCUUUUACUCCUGUCAAGUCAGACAUGCUGGGUAACGUCAAGAAAAUCCGCGAUAGACAACUCGCUGCGCCCGCAGAAUCUGCGAAUCUGCAAGACCUUGUCAAGAACGAGCUCAAGACGAAGAAGCACACCGCCACAGAGGGCCUCGUAUGGCUCGUCCGCGGCCUAGAAUUCACCUCCAUCGCACUCACUGAGAAUCUCGGCAACUCGUCCGAAGAACUCAGCGCCUCCUUCCGCAGUGCCUAUGGCAACACCCUCAAACCGCACCACUCCUUCAUGGUGAAGCCCAUCUUCAGCGCCGCCAUGAGCGCCUGCCCUUACCGAAAGGACUUCUAUAUCAAGCUUGGAGACGAUGAUGCCAAAGUGCAGGAAGCAUUGAAGGCUUGGUUGGCGGCCUUGACAAACUUGAUUGUGAUCCUGAAGGCGUUCUUGGACAAGAAGGAGAAUAAAUGGUAG